ACGGUUGCAAUAUGUAUGGAUUUGAAAUAAUAAUAAUGAAAUAACAUAGUAGCUAUAAGAUUUACAAACAAAAUUCAAUUUUUUUAAAAAAUAUGUUUCAAAAUUUAAUAUAAAUAAAAUGAAAAUAGAACCAUAUUUAUUUUGCGUUAUAAAUUAAGACGUUUACAAUGGCAUGCAACGAAGGAAAAAUUUUUAAAACUCAAGCACCCGAAUGCAAUAAAUUGGACUGUUGGUGCCUUCCAGAACCAUAUGUCGAUAAGAAGGUCACCGUGAAAAACAAAAAAUACUGUUGGCUAUACCCCCAACAACGUUCGAAGGAUUUAAACAAAAUGUUACCCAAUUUUGACCAUUGCGAGGCCCUUUAUACGAUUUGCGAUUACAGACUUGAAAAUUAUGUAUUCAAGCAAUUACUCUUGAUUGAAGAACAAAUUCGCAAUUAUACAAAUAAGUUAGACAAGGAAAUCGCUUUCCAACGCAAAAUGUUGGAUGAUAUGUGGAAGCUAUCUCAACGGUUUUUACUAUUAACGCAAUAUUACGGUUGCGUUAAGCCAUAUCCUGACAUUGUCUCCAUACCGGCGGAAAAAGUCGCCCAAUGCAAAUUUCAAAAAAAGCGGAAGGCAAUUCAAUAUUCUAAUUGUCGGUUGGCCUUUAUCUUGGACACACUUCGCACUUCCAUAAGAAAAUUAAAUAACGUAUGCUCUCAAAUGGAUAUGUCAGUUCAAAGUCCAAUUAUUUUAGGGGAUUACAAAAUACGUCCAUUAUCAUACUACCGCAACUUAAUCGACGAUGCGUUCGAGUACUUCAAUAAAGUACUAUGCAAUUUAAAGAGUUGGACCCAAUUGCUUGACAUAGGCGAUCCAAAUGCAAUAGACGACUACAAGGCCUUACUGGAUCCAAAGAAAAAGUUUGAUGAAUUUAUGAAAACUGGAAAGAUGAACUGUACCUGCAUGCGCACUAAAAACCCAGAAUGUAUUAAUAAUUUUGUUAACAAAUUGAGACUGACAUACAUGUUCGCAUACAUUAUCAAAAAGAAGAGGAGACGCUUCGGCAACUACUCAAAUUGGAAGAACUGUUUAGGGAGCACUUGGCCCUUACCAAACGGGAAAUGCUUUUUCAGAAAGACAUGGUAAACCGUUUGUGGGUUUUGUCUCAACGCUAUGUGAUUUUAAUAAGUACAACAGGCUGUUGUAAACAUCCAGAAGUAUAUUCUGGUCCCACCGAGGACAUUCUGCUACGGGAAUAUUCCGAUAAACUUAACCUUUUACGUACAUCCAAUUGUCGAAUUUCAGAUUCCUUAAGAAAACUACGGCAACAAUGCAUCAUUUUUAAUUCACUGCACAGUCAUUUAGAUUUAACGAUGGAAACUCCGUUCAUGUUAGGUGACACAUUUCACAAACCAAUAUCAUAUUUUGUUGAGCUGGUAGACGAUUUAUUUAAAUAUU